CCCGCGCCGUGCUGGUGGACCUGGAACCCGGCACCAUGGACUCGGUGCGCUCCGGGCCCUUCGGCCAGAUAUUCAGGCCAGACAACUUCGUGUUCGGUCAGAGCGGAGCAGGAAACAACUGGGCAAAGGGCCAUUAUACGGAAGGUGCUGAAUUAGUUGAUUCUGUGUUAGAUGUUGUGAGAAAGGAGGCAGAAAGCUGUGAUUGUCUCCAGGGCUUUCAGCUUACUCACUCCCUUGGUGGUGGCACAGGCUCUGGCAUGGGUACUCUCCUCAUCAGCAAAAUUCGUGAAGAGUACCCAGACCGAAUUAUGAAUACUUUCAGUGUUGUACCCUCCCCUAAAGUAUCAGAUACUGUAGUAGAGCCCUACAAUGCCACGCUCUCGGUGCACCAGCUUGUGGAGAACACAGAUGAAACCUACUGUAUUGAUAACGAAGCCCUCUAUGACAUAUGCUUCAGAACACUGAAGUUGACUACUCCAACGUAUGGUGAUCUGAACCAUUUAGUGUCGGCAACCAUGAGCGGUGUUACCACCUGCCUGCGAUUCCCAGGCCAGCUUAAUGCUGACCUGCGGAAGCUGGCAGUCAACAUGGUUCCUUUCCCCCGUUUGCACUUUUUCAUGCCUGGUUUUGCCCCGCUCACGAGCCGUGGGAGCCAGCAGUAUCGUGCUUUAACCGUGCCAGAGCUAACACAGCAGAUGUUUGAUGCAAAGAACAUGAUGGCUGCGUGUGACCCACGUCACGGCCGCUAUCUGACCGUAGCUGCUGUUUUUAGAGGCCGUAUGUCAAUGAAGGAGGUCGAUGAGCAAAUGCUGAACGUUCAGAACAAAAAUAGCAGCUAUUUUGUUGAAUGGAUUCCUAAUAACGUUAAAACAGCGGUCUGUGACAUUCCACCUCGUGGCCUGAAAAUGUCUGCCACCUUCAUUGGUAACAGCACAGCCAUCCAGGAGCUGUUCAAACGCAUUUCUGAGCAGUUCACUGCCAUGUUCCGCCGAAAGGCUUUCCUGCACUGGUACACUGGCGAGGGCAUGGACGAGAUGGAGUUCACAGAGGCUGAGAGCAACAUGAACGACCUGGUGUCUGAGUAUCAGCAGUACCAGGAUGCCACAGCUGAGGAGGAGGGGGAGUUUGAGGAGGAGGCUGAGGAAGAAGCAGAGUAAAAGCUAUGCAGAUGACCACCUGUAAAUUUUGUUUAAAGCUGUAUGAACUCUUUCAUUCAAAACUUCUCUGUCUGUGUUGUGUUCCUCUUCCUGUCUCAAAGUCACUUCAAAUGCUGUACAGGCACCAUUAAAGCAUUUUUCACAGUGCA